GCGCCGAAUAACAUGAAGUUGCUGGUGAUAUUUGCUGCUGCACUGCUAUGUGUACAAGCCGUUCAAUUGCCAUACCUAAUCUAUAGUGUGCCCGACUCCAGUUCAUUGGAUUCCAGUGAGGAGACAAACAACCCACUUCCUUCUACCACUAGUCAACGUCCGCCAGGCCUGCCGGGUAUUAAUGUGAUUAACCGGCCUGGUUCGUCUGAGUCCAAUGAGGAUGAAUACCGUAUACUUUUACCUACUAAUGGCGAACGCUUAGCAAGUCUACCGGGUAUUGGUGUGAUCAAUCAGCCUGUUUUUCAGGCGGUCAAAGUGAAGGUGCCACGCUAUGGAAACGCAUUGAUCAGACAACAUCUUUUAGCUCAAGCUUUAGCUGCACGUGGCAUAAACCCGCAAUAUCUUGCGCCGCAACCUUUAACAAGACGUCCAACUAACGUGGAACAGAAUCAAGUUUUGCUGAUACGCGCACAGCGUCAAGCGCCAGUUACACCGGCUGUGGAUGAAGGGAUAUCAGAAGCUACUACGGUAGCUGGUGAUGUGGUAACGGACGUGCCAGCGGCUGCACCCGUCGUGUCCACAGUUCCUGUUGACUCGAAAUCAACUUAAAAAUGUGUGCUUUUAAAUGCUGUCGGUUGUCGGAGGUUGAGGAGGCAAGGCGAAUUCAUUAAAGGUGUUAACACUG